AUGCUGCCUAAGAUCAUAUUUUGCACUGCAGUCUCUUUAGCUACACUAGCAGUCAUUCUCUUAGCUUUAUUCUCACCAGUAGUCCAUAAAAAUCCAGACAAGAACUCCACAAGACCUUGGCUAGCUCUGUCCCUGUACAUUCAGCAACCACAGGUUGCUAACCCUAAUAUGCGUCAGGUGAAGCCGUCGGGUUCUGGAGCCUUCGUAUUUCAUCGAACCCUAACAGAGGGACCUGAGAACACUUCUCGAGUGGUCGGAAAAGCUCAAGGCUUCAUAAUUCCAAUUGAACAUUUCGCGCAUUCGGCAUUCAAUAUAAUUUAUCUUACCUUUAAUACGCAUGAGUAUUCGGGUACCCUUAGUGUCCACGCAAAAAAUGUUGCCCACAAGGAGAAGGAAGAACUCACCGUGGUCGGUGGCACAGGCUCCUUCGCUUUUGCUCGCGGGCUAGCUGUUUUUGCACAAACAGGCCGAGACGCCUCAGAUUUGGAAGCAAUGUAUCACAUAAAGUUGCACCUCAAGUUCUCUGAUAGAUCUCAAACUGUACCAAGAUCAUGA